UUGACUAAAGAUUGCCUCAAACUCGGGAGUUUUGAAAUCACAGGCAUUCCACUGGCUCCAAGGUAAGUAAACUAUCAUUACGAGGUUAAUUAUUAAUGUAUGCAUCUAUAUAUAGUGGUAUUGAAGAAUCCGACUUACAGGGGAGCUGUGCCUGUGGAGGUGACAUUCGAGAUUGAUGCGGAUGGAAUCCUAACCGUCGCGGCCAAGGAGGAAACCACCGGGAAUUUUCAGUCCCUUACAAUUGACAACUACAAGAGGAAUUUGAAUUCGAGGGAGAUUGAGAGGAUGAUCAGAGAGGCGAGAGAGAUGGCCGAGCACGACAAGAAGGAGAAGGCGCGCAUUGAUGCGAGGAACCAAUUGGAACGCGCCAUUUACGAUUUGAAGAAAGCAGUACUGUCCGAGAAGCUUCCUAUGUACGAUGGUGGUGAUCAUAAGACCAUAGUGGAGGCUGCAUUGGAUGAAGCUUCAGACUGGUUUGAUGGCAACAAGAAUGCAUGCAUGCAAGAGUACAAGGACAGGACGCAGAAGCUGAAAGGCUUGUUGAAGAAGCUCUCACCACCAUAGUACGUAGUCUACAAAUCAAUAAGUUAUUAGAUGCAUGCAUGCACGCACGUACGAGUUUUCUUUGUUUUGCAUCUUCGGUUUGAGUCAUUGUUUUGGACGGGUCCUUCUGGUGAAUGAUGCUUUUGCAUUGCUUGUGAAAAUAAUGUCAAGUCAAAAUCAUGGAUACCGAACUUCUUUGCAAACUGUGUAGUGACUAGUCAUUCCUAAUUAGUUACAAUUAAUUAUUCUUAUAUUGAUUAGAACAAAUGGAUAGUUACAUCCUGGAAUUCAGUCAGACUUGGAAAUUAUAGAAGCGACACGUAGUCGGGUACAAAGACAGGGGCUUUCUAGCUACCAAAUGAGCUACCCGGCCUAUUGCUACUUCGUUCUACAAAUCGCACACUGAAGUUCAUAUUCCCUGUGAAAGUCUACACAAUCUCUUCUAGAAUAGUCCCCAUCCGAUUAUCUUGAACAUCAACCUGAUUGAUCUUAUCAAUGAUCACUUUGGCAUCGCAUUCAAAUCGCAUCUCCGACAAGCCAAGCCCCAAACACCACGAGACGGCCUCCCGGAGGACAAGCAACUCAACCAACAUCGGAUCAUCAAUCAAAGGAAACUGGACCCCCAUAACCCAAAGGACCUCCCUAGCGUGAUUGAGGAUAACCAUCCCACCUGCCGUAUGAGACCCAAUCCUUACCAGCCCAUCCCACAUACACACGUGCACAUUUUUCCCAUCCAGACUCAAUGGGGGAGGGAUUGGGCUAGACACACGGAGGAUUCGGUCGACAGGCAGAUGAGUCCAUUACUCAACCUGCUAGUGAUACUGCGGCAUUAAAACAGGGAUCCAGAACUGCCUACCUUCAAAGACAACCCAAUUCCGAGAUCUUCAUAUAUCCUCCAAAGGACAGCAAUCACCGCCAUGAAUUGAGGAGGCUGAUGUAAAAUAGACAACAACUUCUUCAGAAAGAGUGGGAACAUAUGACGAGGUAAACCUUGGCCAGAUGCUCCAGCCCAAAAUGAUCCCAAAUGGCCCAUGACUUAUCAUCUCCUUGAACUCUCACAAUGAUAAAGUUUACUAUACAUAUACGAUGCAUGUUAAUGUUGUGAAUCACAAAUCCUAAAUUUCUUAGGAUAAAAGACUUUCAUAAUGUCUAAUAGAUCAAUUGCUUUUAAAAACUAUUAAGUUCCACUAUGAAGCGUGGACAAAUAGCAACCGACUCAUUUAGUCUUAUCGCAGCAGACUAGUUAGUUUUAUGUGUAAACAAAAGGAUUGUAUCUAAUUCUUCGACAAUCCCGUUGAUAUUUAUAUCGCAGCUAAACUUAGGUACGUAUUCAACUGCUCAUGAAUCUCAAUAUUAACCGUUGUCUUAAGUAUUUGGUAUGGCAGUUUUGUGCAAACUUCAAGCCCAUCAGUUGGCUUUCGUUUAAGAGAGCAUAUAAAAAAGUGGUUUAGUAGCAUACAUGGACCCUUCCCAACAACUCGUGUUAUUGGGGUCAAUUGGUUAUUAACAUUUGUUAAUGCACUAAACAUGUUGAGAUGAGUGUUAUUUUGUUCGUGAGUGUAUUCAGUUAGGUGACAUUACUUAUCUGAAAGCAAGUUCACAUCUUUAACUUGCAAUACAUGUUUUGUAAAGGUCUCGGUGGUGUCAAACGGUUUUGUUUUCUUGUUUUCAACUUGUCAUCUCGUGACCUUCGCACUCUAGCUUGCAGGGGAGUAUUGGAUCAGUCCAUUGAAGGUUCGUUACAGGCCAUUUCGGGGCGACGGCCUAGAGCCUCCCAUGCGGGUGUUGUAUUCAAUUGUCCUUAAUUAUUCUAUUAGCUAGAUGACAAAGGGUUUAUUAGUGUGCAAGACCAUCGUCUAGAACAUCAAUAAGAAUAAGAAAAGCUAACAGAAAGU